UUCCCAUGAUGCACUUGUGCUUCCUUCCUAUCUGGCGCCUUCUGGCCGAGAGCGGUCCAGGUCCAUCUUGCCUGUUCGUGUUCGCACCCACGGAGCUCGGCAGGCAGCGCGCUCGCGGUCUUCUUCCUCUUGCUGUCGUCGUGCUCAAAAAUGGCGGCGCCGAGAGGCGGAACGUCGUCGUCCGCCAACAUCGCGGUGGGUUCGGGCGGCCAGACAGUCGCCCGAGCUCGCUUCCCGGGCCGUCCGUGCGCGAGCCGCGUCGGCCGGCUGCGUCUGGGCAAGCGAAGCAAACGCGGAAGGCUGUGCUCGGAUGACGGCAAGUCGUCCGGCGGAGGGCCGAGGCCCGUCAACAUCGGCCUUGCGUUGAGCGACGACUCGGCCUUGCUCCGUCUGCUCGGGCUGGCUGAGAAGCAUGAGCGGCGGAGGGAAGUGGGCUUCGAGUCGAGCGAAGAGGAGGAAAGCUUUGGUGGUUUUGGCACAACCACUGCUCGUUUAUCCAGCAAGUUGAAGCCCCCCAAAGUUGCACAGCCUUCUGAAGUUGCGCAGCGUUCCGAUGGUGUGACGCCAACUCCUGCAACCAAAUCUGUCAUUGGGAAAAUAUUACCCAAGACCCCCAAAGCAACACCGAUUGGGAAUAUUGUAUCACAGGGUGCCAAAGAAGGAGAGAAAGAAGAAGAUGGGCUGUCUGACAUGAUUUUACCACCGAAUUCCAAAGAAGUGCUGAUUGGUACAAUUGUACCUCGGCGCUCGAAAAAAGAAUGGGUUGGCGUGAAAGGCAGAAGAAUGAAAGUCAAAGAGGCGCCAACCGAGAUUUUUCAAGGGCAAGGCGGAACGGCAAAAGGCAUCCAGGCAGGGGUCGGUGAAGCAGAACGAACCGAGGAAGUUCCGACAGCCGAGAGUGCGGGGCAGGCGCUUGCAAUGACGGUCAAAAUGCCAGGUGCCGCCUCACCGCCGAGGCCCGCAAAGCGCGCCAGGCUGUCGGCGGCGUCCCUGCAGCGCAGCCAGAGGAAAAAACCGGCAAAGGACGUGGCCGCGUCCCCGGAGAUUGGCGCGGAGGCUGGCGCGCAGAGCGGGCCGGAAGCAGCAAUGCCGCUGGAGGGGUUGUCGUCGUCGCCGCUGCCUGUGUUACCUGAGCACCGCGUGUACAAACGACACUCGCGCAAGUGCUUAUAUGGCAAGCGAAAGAAGGUCAAAAAUGCCACGCCCGCCACCACCGCAAUCCGCAGAAGGAACCGCAUCAAGCACGUGUUUUACACCUACGUCACCGACCCCGGGCCCACUGCUCCGCCGGACCUCGAACCCAGCUCCCUCGUGGAACAGCACAACUCCUCGAGCGUGACGACUGCGCGCACGUCCCGCGUCAUCAAGACGCCCAAGAGGUUUUUGGAUGAGGCCAUGGUGCCCUUCCCGAAAGGCCACUUGUCAUCAUGGCUGAAGAAUCACCCGAAAGAGGAUGAGAAGACCAGCACAUCUUCGCAAGACUCCGUUUACGAUGCCAAGUUGGAGGUAGACGCCGCGCCCAACGCAGCCGACAAGUUGUCUCCCCCAGCGAAGCUCCCUGUCAGACCAAUUCACGGCAGCAGUCACCUUGACUUCUACAAGAAACUCAAGAGGCUUACCUUGAAGCUGGCAGAGAAGAAGAGAGGCCAUUACGCCGUGCGGGUCGAAGACGAUGACGGCUCACGUCCAGACGAUUUAAAGAUGGCCGUGAAAAAGAGGAGGCGGCGCAAGGCCAAACUGACCGUGGAGGAGAUGGACUCGCCCGGAGUCGUGAGGAAGCUCGCCGUGGUCGUCAACAGCGACGCCAAGACGUCUUCGCAAGCAUCCCCGGAAGUCACCGACAGGAAUGAGGCCGUGGGGAGCGGCGAGGCUCGUCCUGCGGCGCUGGCACCAGAUGCGGGCGUGCCCGGGCACCGCGCGGUGGGCCUGAGUGGAGCCAACAAGAGGAUGCUGCACCUGCUCAAGAAAGCCAAAGUGCAGCUCAUCAAGAUUGACCAGCAGAAGCAGUUCAAAUUGUCGCAGUUGAGCUCUAGUGACACUCACGCGGCAGUGAGCAGGCGAAGGAAAAGGAGAGUCAACCGGUCUGCGAAACUGCAUCCUCAGGAGCAGCCUCUGGGCGGUCCCAGGAUCAAGCACGUGUGUCGGGCGGCGGCGGUCGCCCUGGGCCAGCCGCGGGCGAUGGUGCCCGACGACAUUCCCCGGCUCAGUGCCCUUCCGCUGCACGAGAGGGAGGGCAUCACCGUUUCCCCCGCAAUAGAAGAUGUCGCAGACGACGAUGAUGACGAUGAGAUCUCUGAUGGAGGCGGGGCUGAGUGGCCGGUCUCCCAGGAACCCCUUCAAGAGCAGAAGAAGCAAUGGCGGCGGCGCGGGUGGCGGCGCGGCCGCAAGUUCAAAAAGCGCAAGAUCUUGAGCCGCUACAGGCCCGGCGGCGUGCGCUCGCGGCGCUGUGGUUCGUGCAGAGGGUGCCUGGUGGACAGCGACUGCGCCAAGUGCACCAACUGUCGUGACAAGCCCAAGUUCGGCGGGCCCAACAAGAGGCGACAGUGUUGCAUAUACAGGAGGUGUGAUAGAAUUGAGACCACAAAGACAGAGCGCAUCGUCAAACAAUUUAAAGUCCGGGCCAGGCAGUUUUCGGGACCCAUGUCAAGCAGCGAUGACGGCAACUGGGGUGCCAGGGAGUCGAGCACGAAGCUGUCCUUAGCGCCGACUAAAAUCCGCAAGCAUUCUUUGCGCAACAUCACGCCGCGCUCCUUCAGCAAUCUGCUCAAGUCCGAGUCGGACGAGGAGCCAGAGGAAGAGAGGGAAGAGUUCAAGGAGGAGAAAAUGGCCGCUAAGCAAGAUCUUGGACUUGGACUGUCCGUAUGUGAGAACGUCCCCAUGGAGGUGAUGAAGCAGCGGCGGCCGUUUUCCAAAGGAAGCCGACCAAGAGCCAACAAGCGGCGCGGCCGCAAGUUCAAAAAGCGCAAGAUCUUGAGCCGCUACAGGCCCGGCGGCGUGCGCUCGCGGCGCUGUGGUUCGUGCAGAGGGUGCCUGGUGGACAGCGACUGCGCCAAGUGCACCAACUGUCGUGACAAGCCCAAGUUCGGCGGGCCCAACAAGAGGCGACAGUGUUGCAUAUACAGGAGGUGUGAUAGAAUUGAGACCACAAAGACAGAGCGCAUCGUCAAACAAUUUAAAGUCCGGGCCAGGCAGUUUUCGGGACCCAUGUCAAGCAGCGAUGACGGCAACUGGGGUGCCAGGGAGUCGAGCACGAAGCUGUCCUUAGCGCCGACUAAAAUCCGCAAGCAUUCUUUGCGCAACAUCACGCCGCGCUCCUUCAGCAAUCUGCUCAAGUCCGAGUCGGACGAGGAGCCAGAGGAAGAGAGGGAAGAGUUCAAGGAGGAGAAAAUGGCCGCUAAGCAAGAUCUUGGACUUGGACUGUCCGUAUGUGAGAACGUCCCCAUGGAGUUGAUGAAGCAGCGGCGGCCGUUUUCCAAAGGAAGCCGACCAAGAGCCAACAAGGAAUCGCAGAACAUGGAAGAGGCGGCGCCCAGCGAUACGUUCCCCUGUCCCGGCCCACCCGGAAGCCCCCCAGCCAAACUGCAGCGGGAGCUCAGAGUACACUUAUACCGGUUCCCCGAUCCUCACCUGCAGUCGCCCCGGCACCUGGAUCCGUGCCCUAAACAAUCAGAACCCAAAUUGAUGCGGCCCCUAAAGCAGCCUAGUGAGCCGCACGCACUGCAUGCCGUAACGCCGCAGCUCGUAACACGGAACCAGCUUGAAAUGCUGCCCCGUUCACGUGUCCUUGUGUUGCGACUGCAUCCCUUGCCUCCGUCUGUGGUGCACGCCGCGUUACGCGGGCGGAAAAGUGAAUCGCCGCCACCCCAAGGAAGUCCAAAGUCCUUGUCGCCCUCAGCUCUGACAGAGGUUGCGACCACGUUGCGCUUUCAAGGGGAUGCGUUGUCGCAGCUGCAGCCCCUCCGUGCCUUGACCGACCAAGAGCUCACCGUGGACGGAGCGGACGGUGCCCGGGAUGACGGCCAAGAUGGACCAGAAGGGAUGGGGCUGCAAAGGCCACCGGGAACUGACCCACACUGUGUCCUUCCUUCCCAGAAUGCCGCUGAGGGCUCAUCGCCCAGUGCCCCCGUGGGUUUCCCGAAUGGAUUUCCCCAGAAGGGCCCGGUGCUUGACAAGACAAAGAUCCGGGUGGAUUUUAAGGAGGACUGCGCAAUUCAAAACGUGUGGCUAAUGGGGGGCCUCAGCGUCCUCACGUCUGUCCCCACCACACCUCAGCCCGUUUGUCUGUUAUGCGCCAGCAAAGGACGACACGAGAUGGUCUUCUGUCAGAUAUGCUGCGAGGCCUUCCACAACUUCUGCCUCUCUGCCGAGGAGCGACCUCUGGGGGAAAACAAGGAGAACUGGUGCUGCAGACGCUGCAAGUUCUGUCACGUGUGUGGGCGCAGAAGCAAGCUGUCCAAGCCUGUGUUGCAAUGCAAGAGAUGCCAAAUCUCCUACCAUCCUUCCUGCUUGGGACCAACGUACCCAAAGCCGAUGAACUGCAGCCUACCAUGGCUCUGCAUGACGUGCAUUCGCUGCAAAAGCUGCGGAGUGACGCCCGGAAAGUCGUGGGAUGUGGCCUGGAACCACACCGAGAACUUUUGCCCCGAAUGCGCCGUUCUUCACGAAAAAGGUCACUUCUGCACAGUUUGCAACAAGUGCUAUGACGACGACAGCAGCCAGCGGGCGCGGAUGAUUCAGUGUUUGAAAUGUAAACACUGGGUGCAUUACGACUGCGAGGGCCUUUCAGAAGAGCUGAAGGGGCUGCUGUCGAGUCGACCCCAGGAUGCCGUCUUCACCUGCUCCCCCUGCCGUCAGCGCACCGGCGAGGAUGGGAGCCUCAGGGAACGUCUGCAGGGCCAACUGCUAUUUGGCCUGCAAGAGGUGCUGGCCGGCCUCCUCGCCUCCGGUGCCACUCAGCACCUUGCGCUCUGUCAAUCGUGUCAGGAAACCAAAAAGACAGAGCUCACCAGGGAACCGUCACCAGCGUGUGAUCUCCAAGCCAUGGACAGGAAGUUAAAAGGGGGCAAUUACUCAUCUAUUAAAGCGUUCCAUGCGGAUGUCGUUUCUGUGAUGAGAAAGUGGCUCAAGGAGGAAGUGGACGAAAAGCCCACCGUUCGCGCCAGGGAACACUAUGCCAAAUUGAUGGUGCAAGUAUUCAGCUGGCUUCCUCCACACCACCAAAACAAGUUGAGGUCAUUUUCGGAGGACCUCCCAUGUGGAAUGCUCCCCGAAGCAGUAAUCCCGCCAUCCAAGGAACACAGCUAUGCGCAGUGGAUACAGAGGACAUAUCAGCCUCGGGACAGCAGAGGGACGCCAGCGGGGAAAGGUGUGAUGAACAACGUGGACGCUUUCAAAGAUGGCCGACAGUGCGCUUUGUGCCAGCAGUGUGGCGACUCUGCACCCAGAGACGGCGGACGACUGUUGUACCUGGGCCAGAACGAGUGGGCCCACAUCAACUGUUGCAUUUGGUCUGCCGAAGUGUAUGAGAACAACGGCGCCCUACAUCAAGUACACACCGCUGUCUACAGGGGCCGCCACCUGCGUUGCGACCGCUGCGGGCUGUCGGGGGCCACGGUGGGCUGCUGCCUCUCCACCUGCCAGAGCAACUUCCACUUCAUGUGUGCGCGAGCCCACGACUGCGUGUUCCAGCGGGACCGGAAGGUCUACUGCUACAAGCACACGGAUCUCGUCACUGUGGCGACCGUGUCAGGGGAGGCAUUUGAAGUUCCACGGCGAGUCUAUGUUGACUUUGAAGGGAUCACCCUCAAGAGGAAGUUCCUCACAGGCCUCGAACCUGAAUCCAUUAAUAUGACCAUCGGGUCUCUGCAAAUCCAGAAACUCGGUGUGUUGUCAGAAAUCUCAUCAAAUGGAAGGAUGUUAUACCCUGUUGGAUACCAGUGCUCUCGGUUCUACUGGAGCACCGUGGAUCCGCGCAGACGCUGCAAGUACACCUGUAAGGUGACCGAAGUAAGUAGCCCCCUGCCCGGCGAGGAACAGGAGCUCCUCAUCAAGUGCGAUCAAGAGGAGAAUCAAACCAUCGUCCACAGUCCCACCUUACACAAAGAUGUGGAGACUCUGGACAGUCUAAGCAGCUCUUCCAGCCCACUUUGUUCUGCCACUCCAUCACCCAACUCCAAACUGCACAGUUGUUCGCCUGGACACAAGCACCACGGCUUCUCACAGACCAGGAGGCCCGCAGGGGGAUCUUCCCGACCCCUCCCAUCACCAGGUUCGGCAUCCUCCAAAUCACGUCACAUCGUCACUCUGCGUGACCUGGAGGACACUCACCGCCGUCGAAGGCUGUCGUCCAGGAGCCGCAGCAGUUCCUCCCCAACUGACAGCGGCCCCAUCCACACCCGCUGCGCUCACUUCAGCACCCCGCCGAGGUCAUCCAACUUUGCGCCGACCUCUCCUCCCCUAUCGCGAUCGAACUCCCUCUCACCGGGCUGGGGCUCCCCGCCUCAAACGAUGUCCGCCGGGUUUUCGCCUCGCCAGGGCUCCCCAAAGGGCAGGCACGCGUUCAGGAUGACCACUUCGGUGUCUGCUGAGGUUCCCCAACAUUUCUUGGCAUCGUCUGAGACAGAGGAUGCGGCGGUGGCGACGACAAACGGGAUCUCGCUUGCUCCCGACUACGCGGAUGGACGCUCGGAGCCACCUUACGCCAUGUUCGACACUGACACCGAGGUUGCAGUCGCCUCUGUUCUCAACGCCAAGCUGGAGUUUGACGACACCCUGCUGACCGAGAACGUGUUGCCGGGCGGCCGGCUGGAUGUCGAAAUCCCAGAGCCGGACUCCGAAGAUGAACACCACGGCGUUAAGUUUCGGCGCACCGUGGUGUGCGAAGCCGCGGGUGGCGCGCACACCUCGGCCCUGCCCUCCACGCCGUCCAUUUCGCAGUUGGACGGCACUGACGACGGCUCCGAGAGCGACCGCAGCGAGGGGCCCGACGAAGUGGGAAGUGGCGAUGUUCAGAUUCACACCGACAUCAGCUCGCCCACGAAGCAGCUGACAGUCGCACUCAGGAGGUUGGAGUCCAUUAACGCGGCAGAACAAGGUACGAGCGUGGCAGGCAGUUUAACGGAAGCUCACUCGGCCCCCGUUUUCCUUGACGCUUUUGAUGUGGUGCAAAGCGAGGAGGUACUGAUGGACGGCGACGCUUCGGCCCAGGAUGUGCUUCUUGAAGUACCCAUCGGGAGUUCUAUGGCCGCCAAAGAUGUCUCUCUGGUGUGCGCAAGUAACACUCGAGCUGAUGACAAUGACAACGUGUCAUCGACAGACUCCACCGAAGGCUUCAAAGAUGACGAUAAAGACCCAGACUAUUCUCCUGAGCCCCAAAACGUGUCGCACUCACCAAUGAAAAGAAUCAUUCUGAAAAAAGUACGCCACACUCCCAAAAUGAAGUGCUUGAUAACCAAGCAGAGCGUCCCUCAGCACCAGCAGAAGGUCAAGGUGCUGCUGCCCCCCACGUCAGUUCAGGUUGUCAACGCAGCAACAGUGUCUACCGUCGCCCCCAAUGCUGUCACCUCGCCCGUUCUCUUCAACGGGGUAAACGCUUUAAAUGUCCAACCUGCUGUCCUGCGAGGCAAAACCAUCGCCAUCCGCUUGGACAAGCCCGUGGCGUCAUCAGCGCAGCCUACCCAACCCGUCAUUCCCGCGCCGGCCGCGGCCACCAGCAUUGCGACGACCUCUCCGCCGACGCCCCAGGUGCUCCUCGUCAACAGUGAGGGUCAAAUCCUCUUGAAAAACCCUCGAACCAACACUUACCAAACGCUCAACACAAGCUCUCCCACUUACAGCAAGAUAAGCCAAAUUGCCAAGAUGCUCCAUAAGGGUAACAACGCCAUGAAGCGACCCAUCCCUCGCAUCACAGUCAAACCUUGCCCCAGCACCCAGCCUGCCAACGUCUCCUCUACUCCGGCGCCAAACAACAAAAUCAUCUACCGAGUGGUGCCCAUCAAACGCAUGAUGAGUCCCCCGCCGGCCGUCACCGUGCAGCGUAAUCCCGCCUCGGUUUUGUCCGAGGCCGAAACAGCUCAAGCGAUUAUGAACAGAUCCAUGGAAUCCCAACGUGACACCCCAAGGAUGAAGCCCAUCAUUCUUAGCGGCGCUCUACACGCAGGUGGCAAACCCCCAGAGCCAUCUCAAUCUCAAGACGCCAGUCGUCGGCCGGUGGCGCCGCAGAGUCCCCGAGCGUCGAGAGCGGCGUGCCGGCUCGCAACCCGCAGACGACACCUGCGCCCCUUCCUGAAGUGUGUAUCAAGCUCCCGACCGCCAUCCCUCAGAGGAGGAAGAGGAAGAGAGCCAAGAUGGACAUCCUGCGCAAGAACGCAGCAAAGGCCCGACGUGGCUGCAAGUGCUUCAGACAAAAGCACCGCAUCCCGCAAUUUGAAAAUUAGCGCCGGGCGGCGACGAUUCCUUUCAAGUCAGGAGACACGCGUCAAAAUAAAAAUUCAGCCCGUAAAAAAUGUUCCCGAUGUGGAUAAGGAGAAUUUGAGCAUUACAGCGCCACCCGUGCCGAUGUCCCCAAGACCUCAUCACGUGGAGAGUCUCAGCUGUCGGGCUACCGCACACAAGUGGGUCAGCGCUCGUCAUGGAGACUUAUCCGAAUGGGGGCCGCUUGCAGGUUAUAGUUCCGAAGAUGAAGCCCCUUUGCCCAAACACAAGAAGCGGAUCUACAUGAACCAGCCUCACCUGCGUUUUGAAAUCACCAGCGAUGACGGCUUUAGCGUCAAAGCUAACAGCAUCGAGGUGGCUUGGCGCGCCGUGAUCGACAGCGUCCAAGAGGCGCGGGCGGCCUUCCGCCUGGGGCAGCUUCCCUUGGCCGGCAUGAGCGGGCCGCGGGUGCUGGGCGUGGUGCACGACGCCGUCAUCUUCCUGCUGGAGCAGCUGCGCGGCGCCGACAACUGCAAGAGCCACCGCUUCCGCUUCCACCGAUGCAAUGGCGCCGAGGAGGAGCUGCCGCUCAACCCCAGCGGCUGCGCCCGCGGCGAAGUCUACGUGCGGAAAGCAACAUUCGACAUGUUCGACUUCCUGGCAUCGCAGCACCGAGCUCUCCCCGACUCAGUCGGUGCCUACGAUGAGGAGGACGACGAAUUUCCGCUCAAGUCUUCCAGGCGCGCCACCAGCAGUGAGCUUCCCAUGGCGAUGAGAUUUCGACACCUGGAGAAGACUUCCAAGGAAGCCGUCGGUGUUUACAGGUCUCUCAUUCACGGCCGAGGGCUUUUCUGCAAGAGGAACAUCGAAGCAGGGGAAAUGGUCAUCGAGUAUUCAGGCACAGUCAUCCGCUCGGUGCUGACUGAUAAGCGGGAGAAAUAUUACGACAGCAAAGGCAUCGGCUGCUACAUGUUCCGCAUCGACGACUUUGACGUGGUGGACGCCACCAUGCAGGGUAACGCGGCGCGCUUCAUCAACCACUCGUGCGAGCCCAACUGCUACUCGCGCGUCAUCAACGUGGACGGCCGCAAGCACAUCGUCAUCUUCGCGCUGCGCAAGAUCUACCGUGGCGAGGAGCUGACGUACGACUACAAGUUCCCCAUCGAGGACGAAGAGAGCAAGCUGCGCUGCAACUGCGGCGCGCGGCGCUGCCGCCGCUACCUUAACUAGCCGCCUGAGGUAUGAAUCGCCCGACACGGCACACCUGCGGUCACUUUGCGAGUGCAUCUACAUCCAUAGAGUCACAUUUUACAACAAGAAGGGUACUUUGGUGUGGUGUCCUGGCUGGAAUCUUGACCAAUGGAGCCAUAUGUCAAUCACUGACUAUUUCUGUAACGUGCACAAGGCCUUGUGAUCCUCUUUUUACCUAUUCAGCUUCAGUUUUGUUUGUUUAUUUUCUCGCAGGGAAAUAUUUAUUUAUUACGUUCUGUACUCGGAUCCCAUGCUUUAGUUUCUCCGUUUCUUGACUGGGGUGCUGGUAGAGUUCAAAUAGUUUUUACCGCACUCUCAGAAAGGCUACUUUUAUCCCGCAGUCUUCUUGUUCAUUUUGCGUGUUUUAAGGAUAAAUACUUUUUGCACUGUCCCUUUAUAGGUUUUUUGUUUGUUUGUUUGUUUUAUGUAUUGGAAUAAUGUUUAUAGAAUUUAAUGCAUUUGUGCUUUCACCUUUCCCAUUGGAAGGCGGGCUAAAAAUGGGAGUUUGAGUUUUGAAGUGGGUGAAAUUUGCAGCCACAUCAGUGUUUCCGUGUGUGCUACCUCAUAUUGAAACAUUUUGUCCUUCGAUGUUCCAAGACGUAACUCAACAUUAAUUACUGACAUUUGAUUUAACCGCAGUUUUUAGUUCAACAACCAC